AUGCAGGGGAAAAUGCUGUUGUCUGCGACUCAUCAACUGCGCGCCCUGCGCGCCAAGCAGCACGCGACACGUGCGGUCGUCGAGGAGCACAUGGCGGCCUACGAGGCCGCCCGGUACGCGUACGAAGCCGCAGAGCGUCAGGAGGCGGAGUUACGAGUGAUGUUGCACACCGCGGAGGCACGCACGGCCCAGCUACUCCGAGACUUUUACGAUGCGGAGGCUCAAUUGCACAACGCAGCGACCGAUCUCAGUCACAUACAGUCUCUCUGUCAUUCUCUUGAGAGCCGCAUCGCAGAGCAUGUCAGGUGUCAGCGCUCCGCCGUGCUUCUGCUGGUACAGCCAUCUUCGUCCACGGUACCAUCAUCAUCGCCACGGCUCUGCCAGAUAGAUCCGUACAGUCUCUUGCACACGCCCACGGGUGCGGCCUUUACGUAUGACCUUGUCGAACUCAGCACCUGUGCGGUGGCGGGCCAGGCAGCGGGGAUGUACAGCGAUAAUGAGGACCAUGAUGCUAGUGAGCCAGAGGGCAGGAGCGGCACCGCGGACGCGGAGGCUGAGAGGAACAACGAUAAAGGCGAUGAUGUUGUUGCAGAGGCAAACGCGCUUCCAACCUUCCCAAGCAGCACGUCUCUCUUAACCGAUGCCGUCCAGGACGUGCUUCACGGUUACCACUAUACGCUCUUCUGCACGUCUGCAGAUGGCUGCUGCCUCUGCUGCCACAACGGCAAUCCAACCAACAAAGCUUGUGCAGCCAUUGCACCGUCAAUCAGCGGUGUGCCAGCCAUGACAUGCAGGCAACUUCACAAGGAUCGGUCGACGUGCCAGCCGGCGAACUUAUGUCUGCGCCUUCUUCAGCUCCUUCAGCGAGAAGCCGUGCGCAGUGGUGCUCGCGCGCUCCGCAUCACUGUCGCAGCCGGCUGCGUUGGUGGAGGGGAAGCGGCAUACAUCCAGAGAGUAGGAGUCACGACAACGACAGCGCCGGCCUCAGCAACAGCUCGUGCAGCUGCUUUGUGUGGCUGGACAGAUCUGCUUCUCCCGGUAGCCGCGCGGCACCAGCAGUUGACUGUCACCAUGGAAGCUGUACCAUCCGACGAGCGAGAGGAGGCAGGACGGCUAUCCAUGGCGGCCGACGUGGAGAGUGUGCAGGAAAGGAGCGACAGCAGCGUUAGAGCCAGUUCAUGGCUCGACGUCACCUACACACAUUACGAUCGCAGCCGUGUAUUACUGCAGUCGACGCCUUCUGCGGCUGUGGCCAACGAAACCCCACUGAUAACGCAGGUGCCCACUCUUGAAGGAGUGCCUGUGGGCUCCAUCGAGGAGGCAGUUUUCUGGCUGCAGGAGGCUGGCCUUCUCGCCACAUCGGACACCUCGAAGGACCCCAAAGAUGCGGCAACGCUGGGAUCCUCUACCGCGACUUCAACUAGUCAUGUCGAUGCGCAGGCGACGACGUUCGCUUCCGCUGUGGUGGUUCUCCUCAUAGGCGUGGACAGCAAGGACGCAGCAGGCAAACUGCACUCGAGUCUCUUGCGCAUCGUCGGCGAUGCUCACUUCGAUCCGGGAGGCUUUGCAAACGCCACAUCGCUGCGGAAGAGGGGCAGCAGAGGUGAAAAGAGCGAUGCACCCGUGUGCUGCUCUCCCUCGUCGCUUGCGCUGUACAUGUCCCAUGCCAUGGGGGCCAUCGCACGCACAGCUGCCGCAAGGACACCGGAUGCGCCGGGAGCCGAGCUCUCUAUCGCACCCGUGAACGGCGAACGGGGUAGUGCAGCUUCGAGAUGUCCUGCUGAGAUGCUACUGUUGCAGCGUGCAGAGGUGGCUCCUCUCGCUGCCUGUGAGAUACGCGCUGUCGCUCACCGCAUUUCUUUGCACUGCCCAACCGAGGUGCGCGCCAUCGCAGCCGUAACCCAUGGACACGCCUUCCCGCCUCUUCAACUCGAUGCGGUUUGGUCGCUCUGGGCGGCGCUGUUGCGGCCUGUGUUUGGGGGCAACAGCAAAGCUCUCUGGCUGCAUUGCACGAGCUGUGGUGACUGUGGCGGUAGUCGCAGAGACAGAGGCGACGGCACAAGCUCCCAUGACCCUGCAGAGGGUGUCUCUACCCCCGACGACCCUCGUACUUGGCCCGUCCCACGCGACGAUACAGCAGCGCUUCGACUCUGCGCGCUUUUCUGCCGACUGGUGCGCCAUGACGCGGUCGCCUCCAAAAUAUCACCAGACCUGGCGCGUCUUGCGCGCGUCCGCCCGUGA